AUGAAUUUUUUGCAGGCCAAAGAAGAGGAGAACGCGGCCAAGAUGCGGGAGCGGCAGAUCGCCCAAGAGCUCGACUUGGAGAAGGAAUCGGCGGUGAGGAAGGCUGGCAGGAUAAAGGAGCUCGAGGAGAAGACGCACACUCUGGCCGCCCGCAUCAGCGAGCAGGCCGGCAAAGAGGAGGAGCUGACCCGACGGCUGGCCAAGGCUCUCGACGAGUGCAAAGAGAACGGCACCUCUUUCCACGACACGACCAUGGCCCGCGAGGCCGAGCUGCACAUGAAGCUCGAGACGGCGCGCAAACAGCUCGAGGACGCCCGCCACGAUCUCGACAAGGAGCAACGACUGCACUCGGCCACCCAGAGCGAGCUCGACAACAAGGCCAAGUCGCUGGCCGGGUUGCGGUUGAAUGAGGAGUUUUUGAAGGAGGAGCUCGCCCGGCUGAACGAAGAACACGCGCGGACGGUGCAUGCCCUGCAGAACACCAUCAGCGAGAAGACCGUCUACCAGAAGGAGGUCGACGAGUUGUCCGUCCAAGCUCGAGCUGAUCAACAAAUGAUUGACUGCUACAGCAAAGAAAUUGCCACCAUCCACAAGGAGCUCGACGAGACGCGAGGCCGACUGCAAAACGCAUCCGCGUACGCCACCGAAAACGACGAAGUUCGGCGCGAGCUGGACAGCGAACGCCUCGCCCGCCGCAUCGCCGAGGCCAACCUCUCCGAGGUGGACAAGGAACGGACGAUGCUGAAGGAGGAGGUGCGGCAGUUGGUCCAUCGAAACGACAAGGAUCUGAUCGCCAAGGAGAACGCGAUCGCCCAUCUCACCGAAGAGCUCAAUCAAGCCAAACGCUCGCUCAUCGACAUUGACGACAUCCGCGAGCGGAACGGCCAGACCGAUUCGAAGAUCAAUAAGAUUCACGAGCUCGAGGCUGAGUUGCAAAAGGUGAUGAAGGAGCGACAGCUGGCCGACUCGAUGAAGAAAUCAGCAAUCGCCAAGCUCGAGCAGGUGAUGAGUCUGCGCGUGCCGGAGAAGCCGCAGAAGGCCGGCAACGACACGGCAAGGAAGCUGCGGAUAAAGGAGAAGGAGAUGAUGAACGCACAACAACAAAUCAGCGAGCUCAAGUCAAAGCUGAAGGACGCGCACGACGAGAAGGACCGACUGGUCGCCACGUUCAACGAGCAGAUCCAGACGGAAGAAUCGAGGGCCAAUCACCUCGAGAGCAAGAUCAAGGACCUGCUCGAAGAGCGCGAGCACCGCCGUGAUGUUGAUAGCAGAUCUAUCGACUCUCGCGAGGGCAUCCCUCCAUCACUGAUGAAGGGCGAAAACGUCGAGGGCUUCGUGCACGUCCGGCUGAAGGGCAAGAAGGGCUCUAGAAAGGCCGCCAAGAUCCCAUGGGAAUCGAUGUACUGCCAGCUGACGCCGACCGCCUUCAUCCUGUUCGCCGAGUCGAAGAUGGGCGGAUUGGAGGCCCCGCAGACGUACAUUGAAGUCACCCGUCUCUGCUACGCUCGUCUCGUCACCGCGGCCGACGUUCGAUUCGCACAGCCCGAGUCGUUGCCAAAAAUUUUCCACAUUAUGUACGACGGAGCGGAUGGGAACAGCCUCGCCAACUCUCGUCACUCAUCGAUGUCGGAUCUGAAUGCUACGUUGAUUAGUCAGGCGGAUUCCGAGGGCAACGUCUCGAUGCGCUCGUCAAGCUCGGCACACAGGCACGACUUCCAGGAGCUCUCCUUCCACAUGACGGCCUACUGCGACUUCUGCAACAAGAAGCUCUCCGACCUCAUCCGCCCCCCACCGGCGCUGGAGUGCAAGAAUUGUCGCUACAAGAUCCACAAGGAGCACCUCCACAACGCCGACUUCCCCUUGUGCAAGUCAAAGAACGGCGUGAUGUGCGAGCUGUUGCUGAUGGCCGUCGACAAGCAGGAGGCCAUUGGUUGGGUGAAGGCCCUGCGAGAGACCAUUGACAGGAACACACAUCGCCGCGGGGUCGCCCGGAAUCGCACGCUGCCGACGAGCCACUCACGCCAGGGCAGCGCCAACCAU